CUCUGGGACGCCUGAAAGUGAUUCGGAGGGAGCAAAGUCUGCGCCCGAUGGAGACCCAGCCCGAGGAGGGGGAGUGUGUGGUGCAGGAGGCUCCCGGCCCGGGCACGGAGUGCUCUCCCGCAGAGGACUUUCCCCCCCAGAUCAGGCUGGCUGAGAAGAUCCCCCCGGUGAAGCCUUGCUUCAAGAAGAAGCAGCAAGUGCAGAAGAGGCUGGACACAGAGACCCUGCGUGCCCUGAGGCCCAUCUUCAGCAGUUUGCUGGGAGCUGGCACCCUGGGCAGGGUCUUCGUGGCCCGGGGCCCAGGCGGUGCCCGCAGCAAUCUGUGCGAGCCCGCCGUGAAGAAGGCUCUGGACCUUGGCACCUCCUGUCCCCAGGCAGAAAAUAACCUGGCAGUGGUGGUGCCAGCAGCUCCAGAUGGGCAGAGCCAGUUGGCAGCAGCUGAUCCUUCUUCUGGGCAUCCUGAGCGGGACGAGGAGGUGGCCGAGCAAAGCUUCUCGCCAGAAACUGCUCCUGGAACUGCUGCUGCUGCUGCAGACAGCAAUGAAUCAUUCCAGGAUCAUCCUUUGCACCCAGCUGCUGCUGCUGCUGCUGAUGGUGCAGCUUGUCCUCUGUUCCCAGAUAAGACUCUGGAAAGCUACACAUCUGGCUUGCUGCAGGAGAGCAGCUGCCCAGGGCAGUACAGCUUGAACCCAAGCACUGCGUUGGGCGCCGGGAUCUUCCAGGACAAGAGCGAGGAAGCUUCUCUGGAUCUGGUGUUUGAGCUGCUGAACCAGCUGCAGUACCACACCCACCAGGAGGAUGGGGUCGAGAUCUGUGUGGAUUUCCUCCAGGGCACCUGUGUUUAUGGCAGUGACUGUCCCAAGCACCACACAGUCUUGCCUUACCACUGGCAGGUGAGGCGGACGGCCACCCAGAGCUGGCAGAGCGUCACCAACGACUCCCAGGAGCACCUGGAGAGGCUCUACUGCAACCCUGACAACGACAGGAUCAGAGUGAGCUAUGGGGGCCACGAGUUCUGGCUGGACCUGAACACCAUGAAGCUGUACGACACCGGGGAGUUCGACCGCAUGCGGCGCCUGUCCACCCCGGCCUGCCCCAGCUCCUCCUCCAGCUACUACACAGUCUGGAAGUACUUCUGCAGGGACCAGUUUGGCUGGAGAGAGUACUCUGAGGCUGUGGUGCGGCUGAUCGAGGCGGCGGCGGGCCGGGGGCUGAAGGAGCUUCGCUUCGUCACCUGGCACAACCAAUACAUCCUCAACAUCAGGGAUGGCUUCCAGCAGAGUGCCUGCUUCAGGAGGCAGAUCAAGAGGAGGCCUCUGCUUCGCUCCUGCGUGCUGCUGAUGCCCUUCCUGCAGACCUUAGGAGCUACCUCUCCAGUCCCUCCUCCAGCAGCUGACCCAGCUUCAUCCCAAGCCUUAUCUCCAACUGCCAUUACCUCUCCAAACUUCUACCCUGAGACCUGGAUCAGUAUGGAUCCAGCUCAGGACUUCAUCCAAGUGCCUGUUCAGAGUGAAGACAAAAGCUACAGAACCAUUUAUAACCUCUUCCACAAGACUGUGCCAGAGACCAAAUACAAGAUCCUGAAGAUCCUGAGGGUGCAGAACCAAUUCCUCUGGGAGAAAUACAAAAGGAAGAAGGAGCACAUGUGCCGGCGGCUGGGCGGGCCGGAGCGGCUGCUGGCCGAGCGCCACCUCUUCCACGGCACCUCGCCGGAGGUGGUGGACGGCAUCUGCAAGCACAACUUCGACCCGCGGCUGUGCGGCAAGCACGCCACCAUGUUCGGGCAGGGCAGCUACUUCGCCCGCCGGGCCGGCUACUCGCACAACUUCUGCCGGCGCUCGCCGCGGGGCCUGCACUACAUGUUCCUGGCCAAGGUGCUGACCGGCAGGUUCGCGGCCGGCAGCCCGGGCGUGCGGCGCCCGCCGCCGCUCAGCCCCGGCAGCCUCACCAGCGACCUCUACGACUCCUGCGUGGACAACGUCUUCGAGCCCCAGAUCUUCGUCAUCUUCAACGACGAUCAGAGCUACCCCUACUUCAUCAUCCAGUACGAGGAGGUCAGCAGCACCGUCUCCAUCUGAAG